CGUGAACAACAGGAUUUAUGUUCCGUGCCUGCCUUCACAGCUCACAGAACGAUUCUAACCUAAAAGUUUGCAAAAAGGCACCGAAAAAGGCAGAACGUCCCAGUUUCUAGAGUUUAUCGCCUCUAUAGUUGAUAAAACACAUACACACAAUGUUCAAAGCGGCACUAAGAUUGACGAGUCUACGUUCUCUUCUAAAUCCCGUAAAAAAUGUAGUUACAAAAUCAUCUGCGAAUCAGCAGAGGCAGAUAGCCCGCAGCUUGUGGUACAUGUGCAACACUCGUGAGGUUGAUACCAAGCACGGGUACCUAUGCAGUUGCGGAUGCAAAGGAUCUCGACAUGCACAUACUAAAGCUGCGAAGGAGUUAGUCGAAUUCCUUACUGAAGAAAUUUUGGCAGAGAGGAAGGCUCAGAAAGUGAAAACGAUUCCAACUGAGGUUGAUGGAUUCAACGCUAGCUUAAGUGGAGCUGAGGUUACUCUUACUAAGCAGGCAGGUGGUGAAACAGUGAAGAUUACUUUCAAUGUUAACCACAGUGUAGAUACAGAUGAUGAGCCAGAAGUACAAGAAAACAUGGAUAAACCUGAAAUUGGGGAGCUGAAAUCAAAGCCAGCAUUUAAAGUUGAACUGGUCAGAGGAAGCACAACACUCAGCCUUAUGUGUUCCUUCAUCAGCCAACAGGAUCAGCAAGAGGAAGGAUAUAAUGACAUAUUUGGAAUCGACGAGGUCAGCAUUUAUGAGGGUGAAUGGAAUGAGAAUGUCUAUUCAGUUUCAGGAGAGGUUAUAGAUUCGGUAAGCCACAUAAUUAUUUUUUCUGCAUAUUCUCUGAAUAACAUGUGGGUCAAGUAGACUGACUGUACUCCCACCCUUUCGGAACAACUUGUACAAUUUUACAUGUAGUGCAAUGGCAUUAGAAAGUCAUAGGUUUUGCCAGAAUUGGUAGUAUUCUAUUUGGGCUUUUCAUGAAAAAUAUUUAUAUUUGUCUUGAUACAUAUGUACUUAUAUACUAUAUAUACUGUGCUAUAUAAUAUUACCUCAUGAAAUUAAAAAGCCUCAAUAAAUUACACUCCAAGUGUAAUGCUCAUAUAUACAGAUAUAUUAUAACAAAAAAAAGGCAAAUAAUGGGCAAAAUCCGCAAAAAGAAGGAAAGUGGAUUCGAGCAGAUAAUAGGAUAGGUAACCUGAAUCAUACAUAUUUCUGCUGGUUGGCUUCAUCAAGCCCGAGAUGGUCCAUGGUUGGCCAUCUAUGGUCAGAUGAAAGCUAUAUUACUAGUUUAUUCAAAAACUCUACGGUGCCGCCGUUUUGGAUAUUUUUU